CGGUAAUAAAUAUUUACGCCACGAGUUGAACGGAAGUGCGAUUGAAAUUGCGCACGGAUCUCCCACUUCGUACAUUGUUGCCGUUUAUCAAUGUCUACGGAUUGUUUUUGCACAUUCGCUUGGAAAUUGUAGACUAUUGACUUCAAACAGAUAAUACAAAUCUGUAAUUUGGGUUUUACAAGAUGGCCAGCUGCAGUUUUCAGUCGCAGUUGGUAUCGAUAAUGGAGGUAUUAGCUAAAGCAGCUGUAGCAGAAAUAAACAAACGUGUAGAUGAUAGCUGUGCUGUUAUACGUUUAGAAAUGACCCAAAGCCAGCGAGAUAUUGAUUUACUGAAAAGGAAGUGUCGAAUGAUGGAGAGCGAGCUGAAGAAGACACAAGGACGAGAUAGGAGAAAAGGUAGUAAUUUAAAUGCAUGAACAACUGAAGAAAAUCCCAAAUGUGUGAAUAACCCUAAUAUUUGACUGAAUACAAUUAUUUUCCAGUUCUUUACCCCAUGUCAACAGAGAGAUUGUCAUAUCCAGUCAAGAUUGUUUUGAACAAGGAAAGGAAUAGCUCACAGUGGAGAGGCAGAGAGGACUCUCCGUGCCAGCCUACAGAUGUGGAGCAGAGAGUGGAGACUGAACCCAUACUGAUCAAAGAUGAGGAGACAGCAGAGGAUGUGUGGAAGACUAACGCUCAGGAAGAGCUCAGGAUCACUGGAGAGGAGUCUGGUUUCAAGCCUGGGAAACCACCAUCCUUUGAGCAACGGCACUGUGAUGAGGACUUCAUCACACGACCCAAUAUAUCUCCCAGAGACUCAGUGGAACAUUACCCCAAUUCUGAUCAUCCAGAGGAACCAGGAACACCCCGGCUCACAUCUACAGAGGUGUUCAGCACAGAGCAGCACCGGCUAGAUGAGGACGAGGACUCCCUAGACCUAGUGAUGGUGAAGGAUGAGAAAGAGGAGGAGCUGGAUCAGACCACGACCCUGGCAGGUCCUGACCAGUUUGUUAUGGAUGAGUCUGAUGGGCAGCUGUGGACCUCUGUGGAUCCAGGCAGAGACACUGACCCUGAUGGCCACCCAGAUUUCUCCUUUCAUUCCACAGAAGAAUACUCUCAAAAUAUGUCAAUUUACCCAUCUCAUAGUGGGCUGCCAUCUGUUCCAACUAUGACAGAUGAUGUAGGGCCAUCGCUUCACUCUUCUAUAGGAAAACCACAUGCUAACAUGUUCAGUACUGCAAAACACAUUAAAGGACAUGUAAGGACAUUGGCUGAUGAGACUAGACAACAGAUGCCAGAGGGACAGAGCAGUGAGAUGCUGAAUUCAAGUAAUGAAGGAAAUAGUUUAGCUCUACAGCCAAGGCAGCAUCAAUACAGGGCUUCAGAAGCAACAGUGACAUUGAGUGAGUGCAUGACAGGGUCAAACAUGGCCACCACCUCCACCUUCUCUGGAUACAGCCUGAGUCGCAGUAGUUUUAACAUGGUGAAGAGAAUGAGGACUCAGUGGAGAUCAGGUGGCACCACCGAGAGGCGUUUCAGCUGCACCUUCUGUGGGAAGAGCUUCCCACGUUUCUGGCAGCUCAAAGAACACCUCCGGAGUCACACCGGAGAGAAACCGUACACCUGUGAACAGUGUGGCAGGAGUUUCACCAAACAGUGCAACUUGAUCAGACAUGCUGUGGUCCACAGUGGAGAGAAGCCCUAUAAGUGCACACAGUGUGGGAAAUGCUUCACCCAGCGCUCCGGUAUGAAGUCACAUCAGAGAACUCACAUAGGAGAGAGUCCAGUAUCUCAAUACGGGGCACCUGCAUACCCAGGGGAUCCACACACAAGUUAAUGUCGUCUCAGAACAGAUGGAACUAAUAGUUCAUAAUUACAUCGUUUUUCUGGAACUUUGUUUUGAGACAUUUUGACAAGCUUUUCCUCCUAAUUGAUUUGUGAAUUGGUUUUGAUGUUUGACUGUUGACGGCUCGUCACUUUUAUUUUAAACAACUAAUUUACAACUGGUAACAAUGUAUUUUGUACUACAAAGUCGUAAAAAAACAUGCUAUUUUCAAUAAAAUGAAUUUAAUGAAAGAGUCAA